AUGACUGAAUCACUGCCCAUCCGCUUCCAGGAGCAUGUCCAGCUUCAAAACCUGGGCAUCAACGCCGCUAGCAUCGGCUUCAGCACCCUCACUCUUGAAUCAGAUCGCUUCAUCUGUGUCCGCGAGACGACCGGCGAACAGAACUUGGUGGUUAUUGUGGACCUGACGGAUCCCACGAACGUUAUUCGUCGACCCAUCACCGCCGACUCUGCUAUUAUGAACCCUGCCAGCAAGGUUAUUGCGUUGAAAGCCGGAAGACAGCUUCAGAUUUUCAACUUGGAAAUGAAGACCAAAGUAAAGUCCCAUCUUAUGCACGACGACGUCGAAUUUUGGAAAUGGAUCUCGCUGAAGUCGCUUGCGCUGGUCACCGCCACCACGGUCUAUCACUGGUCCAUGGAAGGAGAUUCGCAACCCGUCAAGGUCUUUGACCGUCAUCCCAGCUUGAGCGGAAACCAGAUCAUCAACUACCGUGUCAAUUCGGAUGAAAAAUGGAUGCUUCUCGUUGGAAUCUCAUCUCAGGGUGGUCGUGUUGUCGGCGCCAUGCAGCUCUAUUCCAAGGAUCGUGGGGUCAGUCAACCAAUAGAGGGUCACGCUGGAGCGUUUGCGGAGCUCAAGUUGGACGGUGCAAGCUCGUCUACCAAGUUGUUCGCAUUCGCUGUCCGUACUGCCACUGGAGCCAAACUUCAUAUUGUUGAGGUGGAUCACAAGGAUGGAAACCCUGUUUAUGCUAAAAAAGCCGUUGAUGUCUACUUCCCCCCAGAGGCCACGGGCGACUUCCCAGUGGCAAUGCAGAUCAGCCACAAGUACAGUAUCAUCUUCCUGGUGACAAAGUUCGGCUUUAUCCAUCUUUACGACCUUGAGACAGGCACCUGUAUCUACAUGAACCGCAUCAGUGGUGAAACAAUCUUUGUUACUGCCGAGCAUGAAGUCACUGGCGGAGUCAUUGGGGUGAACCGCAAGGGUCAAGUCCUCUCCGUCAGCGUGGAUGAGAAUAAUCUGGUUCCUUACAUUGUCAAUACUCUCGGUAACACUGACCUCGCCCUGAAAGUCGCCUCUCGCAACGGUUUGCCUGGAGCUGAUGAUCUGUAUGUUCAGCGCUUCCAGCAACUCUUCCAGAAUGGAGACUUUGCGGAAGCCGCCAAGGUUGCUGCCACGUCCCCCAAGGGCAUUCUUCGUACACCCCAAACCAUUGAGCGAUUCAAGCACGUUCCAGUGGCUCAGGGUCAACUCUCGCCCAUUCUUCAAUACUUUGGCAUUCUCUUGGAGAAGGGCGAACUCAACAAGUACGAAUCAUUGGAACUCGCCAAACCAGUUCUGGCACAGGGACGAAAGCAGUUACUCGAGAAAUGGCUCAAGGAGGACAAGUUGGAAUGCAGCGAAGAACUCGGCGACAUUGUCAAGCAGCAUGAUCUCAACCUCGCGUUGUCGGUCUAUCUCCGCGCCAAUGUCCCCAACAAAGUCAUCGCCUGCUUCGCUGAGACAAAGCAAUACCCCAAGAUUAUCUUGUACGCAAAGAAGGUCGGUUACACCCCCGACUACGCCGUUCUGCUUCAGCACGUCAUGCGCAUGGAUCCCGACAGCGGCGCCGAAUUUGCCACCCUUCUCGCUAACAAUGAAGAUGGGCCUCUAGUUGACUUGGAGAAGGUCGUCGAUGUCUUCAUGUCUCAGAACAUGAUCCAGCAAGCCACAGCCUUCCUCCUGGAGGCCCUCAAGGAUAACUUGCCUCAGCACGCUCACCUUCAGACCCGCCUGCUCGAGAUGAACCUGAUGCAUGCUCCUCAGGUCGCAGAUGCCAUCUUGGGCAACGAAAUGUUCACUCACUACGAUCGCGCCUCGAUCGCCACGAUGUGCGAGAAAGCGGGACUUUACCAGCGGGCACUGGAGCACUACACGGACAUUGCAGACAUCAAGCGCGUCUUGGUCCACACGCACCUGUUAACUCCCGAUUGGGUCGUCGUUUAUUUUGGCCGCCUCUCUGUCGAGAACUCAUUGGAGUGCUUGCGCGAGAUGUUGAACGUCAACAUGAGACAGAACCUGCAGAUUGUCGUCCAGGUUGCCACCAAGUAUUCUGACCAGCUCGGUGCGUCUAAAUUGAUUGAGCUGUUUGAGUCUUACAGGACAUUCGAGGGCCUCUACCACUAUUUGGGUUCCAUCGUCAACAUGAGCCAGGACCCGGAGGUCAUCUACAAGUACAUUGAGGCAGCCUGCAAGACCGGGCAGGUCAAGGAAGUCGAACGCAUCUGUCGCGAGAGCAAUUACUACAACCCCGAGAAGGUCAAAAACUUUCUCAAGGAUGCGAAAUUGUCGGACCAGCUUCCUUUGAUCAUUGUCUGCGACCGAUUUGACUUUGUCCACGACUUGGUCCUUUACCUGUACCAGAACAAUCUCUCCCAGUACAUCGAGACGUAUGUGCAGAAGGUCAAUCCUUCGAGAACCCCCGCGGUCGUCGGAGCCCUCCUGGACGUUGGCUGUGAUGAGAACGUGAUCAAGAGCCUGCUGCUGUCUGUUCGCAGUGACAUGCCUGUCGCAGAACUGGUGGAUCAGACGGAGAAGCGCAACCGUUUGAAACUCAUCUUGCCCUGGCUGGAGGCCAAGGUCAACGAGGGUAGCCAGGAUCCUGAAGUCUACAAUGCCAUUGCAAAGAUCUACAUUGACAGCAACAACAACCCGGAGCCCUUCCUCAGGAGCAACGCCUUCUACGACUCUCGAACCAUCGGAAAGUACUGCGAGAAGCGCGACCCCUAUCUUGCGUUCAUCGCGUAUGAAAGAGGCCAAUGCGACAUCGAGUUGGUCGAGAUCACGAACAACAACUCGAUGUUUAAGCACCAGGCUCGCUACCUUGUCAAGCGUCGUGAUGCCGGUCUAUGGGCCCAUGUCUUGAGCAACGACAAUCCUAGCAGACGUUCUCUGAUUGAUCAGGUCGUCGCCACCGCCCUUCCUGAGACCCAGGACCCCGAGGAUGUCUCGAUCACGGUCAAGGCCUUCAUGGCUGCUUACUUGCCUAACGAGCUGAUCGAACUGCUGGAGAAGAUCAUACUUGAGAGCUCCGCGUUCAGCGACAACCGCAACCUCCAGAACCUCUUGAUUUUGACUGCCAUCCAGGCUGACAAGUCCAAGGUCUUGGAUUACAUCAACCGCCUCGAAAACUUUGAUGCCCCCGACAUUGCUGAGCACGCCAUCCGCAAUGGCCUUUAUGAGGAGGCGUUUAUCAUCUACGAGAAACACAACGUUCACGCCAGCGCUAUCAAUGUCCUUAUUGAGCAUAUUGGCAGCAUUGACCGCGCCUAUGAGUAUGCAGAGAAGACGGACACGCCCGAGGUCUGGAGCCGUCUCGGUAAGGCUCAGUUGGAUGGCAUGCGUAUCAAGGAGGCUAUUGACUCUUACAUCCGCGCCAACGAUCCCACCAACCAUGUCGAGGUUAUCCAGCUUGCCUCGCGUGCUGACAAGUACGAGGAUUUGGUCCGGUACCUCCAGAUGGCCCACGCGCAGUCUCGUGAGCCCUAUAUCGAGAGUGAGCUUCUUUUCGCCUAUGCCAAGACGGGCCGUAUUGCCGACAUGGAGCAGAUCCUCAACGGCCCCAAUGUUGCUCAGGUUCAAGUUAUCGGUGACCGCUGCUACGAGGAGAAGAUGUAUGGUCCAGCCAAGAUUCUUUAUCAGAGCAUCUCGAACUGGGCUCGACUGUCCACGACCUUGGUUCACUUGGGAGAGUACCAAGCUGCUGUUGAUGGUGCCCGCAAAGCCAACAGCACCAAGGUCUGGAAGGACGUCAACGCUGCCUGUAUUGAGCACAAGGAGUUCCGCUUGGCCCAGGUGUGUGGUUUGUCACUGGUGGUCCAUCCUGAGGAGCUGGAGGAGUUGAUCCGCUUGUACGAGCAUCAGGGCUACUUUGAUGAACUGAUGGCGCUGUUGGAGGCCGGCUUGGGUCUGGAGCGCGCACAUAUGGGCAUGUUCACGGAGUUGGCGAUCCUUUAUGCACGCUACCGUCCCGAGCGCAUGAUGGAGCACCUCAAGAUCUUUUGGUCGCGCAUCAACAUCCCCAAGGUCAUCACGGCAUGCGAGCAGGCCCAUCUCUGGACUGAACUCGUUUUCCUGUAUGUCCACUACGACGAGUACGACAAUGCUGCCAUCACCAUGAUGAAGCACUCCCCCGACGCUUGGGAGCAUGGUGCAUUCAAGGAGGUUAUUGUCAAGGUCUCGAACCUCGAGAUUUAUUAUAAGGCACUUCGUUUCUACUUGGAUGAGCAACCCAUGCUGUUGAACGACCUCCUCGCUGUUCUUAUUCCCAGGAUCGACCAUAACCGUGUCAUCCAGAUGUUCCAGAAGUCGGAUAACAUGCCGCUGAUCAAGGGCUAUUUGGUAUCGGUCCAGUCGGUGAACAACCUCGCAGUCAACACUGCAUAUCAUGACCUUUUGAUCGAGGAGGAGGAUUACGAACGUCUCCGCAAGUCGGUCGAUACGAACACCAACUUUGACAAUAUUGCACUCGCCAACCGAUUGGAAGGUCAUGAGCUGCUGGAGUUCAGGAGGAUUGCAGCCCAUCUGUACAAGCGCAACAAGAAGUGGCGCCAGUCGAUGACGCUUUCGAAGCAGGACCGCCUCUACAAGGACGCUAUGGAGACUGCUGCGGACUCGAGGGAUACUGCAGUGGCAGAGGAAUUAUUGCAGUACUUUGUGGAGAGUGGUAACAAGGAGUGCUUUGCUGCAUGCUUGUAUAUCUGCUAUGACCUUGCCCGUCCCGAUGUGGUGCUGGAGCUCGCGUGGAGACAUGGGCUGACGGACUUUGCGAUGCCGUACAUGGUUCAGUUCAUGCGGGAAUACGUCAAUAAGGUGGACAAGUUGGAGAAGGCGCACGAGGAGCGCGCACAGAAGGAGAGCAAAGAACGCUCGUCUGAGACACCAAUUCUCGGACCAGGCGGAUUGGGCAAUACGAUGAUGAUUACUGCUGGGCCUGGGAUGAUGAUGCCUCAGCAGACGGGAAUGGUCCCACCGCAACAGACGGGGAUGAGCAUGGGAUAUGGCCAGAAUAGCUUUGGCUUCUAA